UACAAAUAAGAAGGGGGAUCUUUUUUGACAUGAAAUGGAUAUAUCCAUAUAUCUCUGACUCAAAUUUAUGAGAUGAUAAAAUAUGGCAAAAGCUAUACCGAAAAAGGGUUCACGUGGACGUAUUAGUUCGCGUAAGAGUAUACGUAAAAUACCAAAGGGGGUUAUUCAUAUUCAAGCAAGUUUCAAUAAUACCAUUGUGACUGUUACAGAUGUACGAGGGCGAGUGGUUUCUUGGUCCUCUGCCGGUACUUGUGGCUUCCAAGGUACAAGAAGAGGGACGCCGUUUGCUGCUCAAACCGCAGCGGCAAAUGCUAUUCGUGCAGUAGUAGAUCAAGGUAUGCAACGAGCAGAAGUCAUGAUUAAAGGUCCCGGUCUUGGAAGAGACGCAGCAUUACGAGCUAUUCGCAGAAGUGGUAUACUAUUAACUUUCGUACGGGAUGUAACCCCUAUGCCACAUAAUGGCUGUAGACCCCCGAAAAAAAGACGUGUGUAGAAAUCAAAAUUGAAGAUAUUUCAAUAGCAAGAGAAACAAGAGAGCAAGAGAAACAAGAGAAAUAAAUGAUUCAAUGAUCAGAUCAAAUAAUAUUAUUAUGGUUCGAGAGAAAAUAACAGUAUCUACUCGGACACUACAGUGGAAGUGUGUUGAAUCAGCAGCAGACAGUAAGCGUCUUUUGUAUGGGCGCUUUAUUCUGUCUCCGCUUAUGAAAGG